AUGGAGCCUGUGGACAUAUACGAUUACUAUAUAAGUAAAGCCAUUAUGCACCUGAAGUCAACAGAUAUUGCACACCAUGCAUCUUACAUACGCAGUAUAGAUGCAAAGAUUGCAGUGUUUGACUUUUGUGGAAAGAUACCUGAGCUCUGGAAGUUGUUUGGUGCUAUUGACAAAGAGGUAUUCGUGGUGUUUGAUGCUUCAGAAAGCAAUGAGGAGAUUAAGAAGGUUUGCAGCGAAUGCGAGAUAGUUUAUGUUCUUGAGGAAGAAGGCAUGGCCGACAGUAAUGUUUUUUCGGGCAGCAAAUGUGUGAUUUUUUUGCUGUACAAUAGAUUUCGGCUUGUAUGCUGUGCUUAG